AAAGCCCUAAGAAACACAGCUCAUUGUUGGCAGCUGCCGGGCGGUCUUACAGAGCUGCGAGGGCAGCGGAGGGGAAAUAAAAGGGAACGGCUCCGAUUCUGCCCCAGCGGCUGCUGCAAGACCUCUGUGCCGACAUCGCGACAGCGAGCGCCCUGCACACCGGGAAGGCCCCCUCUAUGUGCUGCUGAGCCGGUCCCGGACCCGACGAUCCCGCCCUCGGUCUUCGGAGCAGAAAUCGCAAAGACGGAAGGACUGGAAAUGGCAGACCAUAUGAUGGCCAUGAACCACGGGCGCUUCCCCGACGGCACCAACGGGCUGCACCACCACCCUGCCCAUCGCAUGGGCAUGGGGCAGUUCCCGAGCCCCCAUCACCACCAGCAGCAGCAGCCCCAACACGCCUUCAACGCCCUGAUGGGCGAGCACAUACACUACGGCGCGGGCAACAUGAAUGCCACGAGCGGCAUAAGGCACGCGAUGGGGCCGGGGACUGUGAACGGAGGGCACCCCCCGAGCGCGCUGGCCCCCGCGGCCCGGUUUAACAACUCCCAGUUCAUGGGCCCCCCGGUGGCCAGCCAGGGAGGCUCCCUGCCGGCCAGCAUGCAGCUGCAGAAGCUCAACAACCAGUAUUUCAACCAUCACCCCUACCCCCACAACCACUACAUGCCGGAUUUGCACCCUGCUGCAGGCCACCAGAUGAACGGGACAAACCAGCACUUCCGAGAUUGCAACCCCAAGCACAGCGGCGGCAGCAGCACCCCCGGCGGCUCCGGCGGCAGCAGCACCCCCGGCGGCUCCGGCGGCACCUCGGGUGGUGGCGCGGGCAGCGGCAAUAGCGGCGGCGGCAGCGGCGGCGGCAGCGGCAGCAACAUGCCCGCCUCCGUGGCCCACGUCCCUGCUGCAAUGCUGCCGCCCAAUGUCAUAGACACUGAUUUCAUCGACGAGGAAGUGCUUAUGUCCUUAGUGAUAGAAAUGGGUUUGGACCGCAUCAAGGAGCUGCCCGAACUCUGGCUGGGGCAAAACGAGUUUGAUUUUAUGACGGACUUCGUGUGCAAACAGCAGCCCAGCAGAGUAAGCUGUUGACUUGAUCGAAACCCCGGCGAAAAGAAAUCAAACCCCCAACUUCGGUGUGAAUUAAAGAAAAAACAAAAAAACAAAAAAACAAAACAAAACAAAACAAAAAAAAAACAUUCCCUUAGACACAGUAUCUCACUUUUCAGAUCUUGAAAGGUUUGAGAACUUGGAAACAAAGUAAAACUAUAAACUUGUACAAAUUGGUUUAAAAAAAUUGCUGCCACUUUUUUUUUUUCUGUUUUUGUUUCGUUUUGUAGCCUUGACAUUCACCUCCCUUAUGUAGUUGAAAUAUCUAGCUAACUUGGUCUUUUUUGUUGUUUGUUUUUACUCCUUAUUUCCUCACUUUCUCCAGUGCUCAACUGUUAGAUAUUAAUCUUGGCAAACUGCUUAAUCUUGUGGAUUUUGUAGAUGGUUUCAAAUGACUGAGUUGCAUUCAGAUUGACGAGUGAAAGGAAAAAUUUGCAUUAGUUGGUUGCAUGAACUUUGAAGGGCAGAUAUUACUGCACAAACUCUGCCAUCUCGCUUCAUUUUUUUUUAACUAUGCAUUUGAGUACAGACUAAUUUUUUAAAUAUGCUAAACUGGAAGAUUAAACAGAUGUGGGCCAAACCGUUCUGGAUCAGGAAAAGUCAUACUGUUCACUUUCAAGUUGGCUGUUCCCCCUCCCCCAUAUGUACAGACAAUAAUAGGGUGUGGAAUGUCGUCAGUGGCAAACAUUUCACAGAUUUUUAUUUUGUUUCUGUCUUCAACAUUUUUGACACUGUGCUAAUAGUUCUAUUCAGUACAUGAAAAGAUACUACUGUGUUGAAAGCUUUUUAGGAAAUUUUGACAGUAUUUUUGUACAAAACAUUUUUUUGAGAAAAUACUUGUUAAUUUAUUCUAUUUUAAUUUGCCAAUGUCAAUAAAAAGUUAAGAAAUA